GCUGGCGCCAUUAUGGGCAAGUGGAGAAAAUGAUCGUGUAUGGAGUUUCCGGUUCUAGGUUAUAUACCUGACUUAUUCGUUGAAAACAAUAAUAAUAGAAUAAAAAAUAAUAAAUAACUGGGAGUGAUUUUAAGGAAAAAAUAGGCGAGAGGUGAAAAUGUCGACGAGAUGGUACCCAAUUUACCAGAAAGGAAAUCCUCAACUCCGAGUAUUUCUGCCAAAUUUCUGGAUGAAGAUAGUCAAGGGUAAAUACAAACUACCAGAGAACACCGUUGAAUUUCACUGCUCGAUGGAGAUGACUAAAUACGAUGUUAAGAAUUAUCUCGAGAAAAUUUACAAAGUGCCGGUGAUUGAUGUGAGGACGAGGAUAAAAAUGGGCAAGUUUAAAUAUGCUGCCACUGGUGGAUAUGUUGUCCAGGAAGACGAUAUCAAAGUUGCCUAUGCAAUUUUACCCACAGAUCAGAAAUUCGUGUUCCCUGAACUCUUCGAUAAAGAAGAAAAGGCAGAAACCGAGAAAGACGAAAAGAAGAGCUUGUCGCAGAUGGAGGACGGCUACAAGAAAUUUUUGCAAACUAACGACAAGCCUGGCGUCCCAGGAUGGUUUUCCAUAUAAAACUGUAGAUACUAGUGUAAAAAUAAGAGAAAAUCUAUCAAUAAAAGAAUCAAAUAAAUCAUUUUGAAUGAAAA